AUGUAUAAUAUUAUCAUAUAUAUAUGGUAGUGUGGUCUAACAUUUUGAGAUAUUUGUUGAUUAUCUAUAAUCUAUGGUUUUAAACACUGUCUUAACGUUAUAGUAAUUUUAACCAAUGCUGUAGAUAGCUAUUGUAUUUACAAUUACAUAUGGAUAUGAAUACACGAUGCGACUUACCGAACACUGAUUAAAGAAGAUCUAUCAAAUAUCAAUAUUUAAUAUCGUUCAGGUUCACAAUUUACUUGUAUUACAGCUUCAUAUUUACAUUUUUGUAUACUUGUAUUUUUUAAUUUUACGUACAAUGGAGAAUACCAAACAAGACGUUAAUCCCAGAAUACCGUCAGCAGUUUUUGUGGUAUUUAAAAACUUAUAUUACACUAUAUUAUAAUGCAUCUAUUUGAACAUUUUUCAUAAUGUUUGAAUAUUCACUAUACAGGACGAUGUUGAUAAAUUUAUGGAAAAAUCAGAAAACAAUAGCGUCGAAGAAGUUUUAAAAAGAUUGGAUGAACAACAUAGCAAAUAUAAAUUUUUUGAAUAUAAUUUAAUCACAAAGAGAAAAAGGUAUACUAAAUGCAUUAUUUAUUUUUUUUGUAAACUUUAUUAGACAAAUACAAAUUAACGAAUCUUUGGUGGCCAUAUAAAUGUUAUUUUUAACAAUCGUAAUAUAUUUUGACAAGUGAUUGUGAAUUAGUAGAUGUUUCAGUUAAAACAUUUGAAAAAGAUAAUAUUGUAUAAUAUAUAUUAUAUUAUAUAUAUUAUAUUGUAUAAUGUAUAUUAAAUUCUAAGAACUAAGUAAGGCCUAAAGAAUUCUACUGCAAUACUUGCACUAUAAAACAGAUUUACAAAUUUUUCUAGGUUGUCUGAAAAAUCAUUUGUAUUUAAAAAGUAUUUAUUAAAAUUAUAUCGGUAGGGGAAUGUGCAGCCCUCCUCCUAAAUCCACCACUGCUAUAAAAUAAUUUCAUCGAUGAUUAAUUCUAAAACUAAAAUUUCCUUUGUACCUAUUUAAUUAAUAGAUCAACAUUUGUUUACUAUCCUAAAAAAUAUUGACAAUCUGUUAAUUUUUGUGCAAAAUGAUAUCUAGCUGAUAAUUAUCCCAAGUAACAACUGUUUUCUUAUUUAUGUUUAUUAAGUUUACUAGUUGAAACACUGAACUUAAAAUUUAAUGUGUAGAAAACAAAUUAUUUUAUAAUUAAUUUUAGUAAGUGUUAAUCAUACAUGUGUUGUAUUUUGAACUAUUACAGAUUACAAUCACAAUUACCGGAUUUAGAAAAUACUUUGGAGAUGAUUAAAACAAUGAAAGGUCAUAAAGGACAGCAGUUAAAGACAGAUUUUCUAUUGUCUGAUGAUGUUUAUGCAAAAGCCCAUAUUCAAGGAACUGAUAAUGUGUAUCUUUGGCUUGGUGUAAUUAUUUUAAUUUUUCUCUUCAAAAACAUUGGUUAAGUUUUAUAUUGUUCGCUUUAUUGCAGGCAAAUGUCAUGUUGGAAUACAAUCUUGAUGAUGCCACAGAACUUAUUUCAAGAAAUAUACAAUUGGCUACUGAUAAUAUGAGACAAGUUGAUGAUGAUCUUGAUUUUUUGAGGUACAGUUUUAAUAUUUGAUAAAUAUGAAAAUUAUAAUUUUUUUAUUUAUAUAUAAUUGACAAGUUUGUAAUUAUUUUCAGGGAUCAGUUUACUACAACCGAAGUAAAUAUGGCCAGAGUAUACAACUGGGAUGUGAAACGACGACAAGCAGCUAAAGCAAAACAAUAGAAUUAUUAUCAAUAUAAAAAUAAUAACUAAUAAAUGCUUUUUCUGAUAAAAAAAAUUUAACCUAUAUAUUUAAGCAAUUUCAUUCACUUAACUUAUAAAAUCAUUAUUGUCAAAAAUUAAUAACAUUUUAUUAACAUCACUUUAUUCAAAAGAAAUAUAGUUAAAAUAUAACAUUUUUUCUAUUUUCUUGAAAGCUGAUAAUUAUAUUACAAAUAUUUAAUUGUAAUAAAUAUAAUUAAGACACAUAUGGUGGACAUGGUUUUAUAUCUAAUUAUAAAAAAAAUUAUACCAUAAUACAUAUAUACAUGUAUACAAAUUUGUAAUUAAUUAAAUCAAAAGUGAAAAUAGAUUAAUGUACUUAUUUGGAUAACUUCAAAUUGCUGGUAAAAAAAUAUAUUAGAAUUUUAUUAAUUUUAUUUAUAUAUAAUGUGAUAUUGCAAGAACUAAUUCGUCCAAUGUGUAAUCUUCUGCUAACGUUAGUUUACUGUUCAGUGUUGAAAGUAAGGACUUUAAAAUUUUAUAAUUUUCUGCGUCUAGUUUUGAUAUUAGUUUACCUAUCUGCAGAGCUAUUGAACUGGACACUUCAGUUUUUAUCAUUCUGUAAAGUAAAUACAAUAUCAUUUUACUUAUAUUAUUU